CACGCCUGUGGCUUUUCUGCAGAGCCCAGAUACCGCAGGGCGCAGGAGCCCCAACUUGCCUUUGCCUUCCCGGCCGCUGGCACAGCUGUAGCUGAGGGGCUGCGGAUACUGCCCGGGAAGGUCCAUAGCUGUCGUUUAACUUUUAAGAAGUCCUCCUGUCGCCAAAACAAUAAAAAAGCAAGAGAGCAAACGAGCGGUGCAGAUGCCGAGGCCCUCAAAGCGCUCCCGUAGAUGUUUGCCGGCCAAACCUUCGGCAGCGCAUUCACAGACUUGUUCUUAUAGACACGCUAAUAACGGGCGCGGAACACCUCGACUUCAGUAAGUGCCCUUUUAAUUACCGGCAGCCGAGCCACCGAGAAGGCUCCGUUAGCUCGCUGGGUACCUGUCGCCUCCUCCGGCGCCCCCUUAACCAAACUCCCGCCGAAACGGCCAGCCGCUGCCCGCUUUCCGGUUUUGUUCGAGCCAACCGACGGGUCCAGACCGGUCCCGCCGGCCCAGCAGCCGCGCCGGAAAGCGAGCGAGGCCGAAAGCAGCAGAUCCCGCGCGGGAGGUUCCUCCAGCCCCGCCGCACCAGCAACCUUGGCGGGAUCUCUUUGGAGGGCCGUCCCGGAGAAGGAGAACGAGCAAGAGCUUCCUUCGGAGGCUUCGUAGGGGACGCGGCCUCUCCUCACCCCCCCUUCUCAGCUGGGAGCGAGGCAGCCGUCCCUGGGCGGCGGCUGGGCGCGAAGAGGGGGCCUUGAACCGGAGCGCAAGAAUGCAGCUGCUUCACUGGCGGCGGCGAGACGGCCAAGCUUGGUCAAGCGGGAAGACGGGGUCGGCGGAGGAUCGGGGCCGCGGCCAAGUUGGACUCCUCCCGCCGAGCAGCAACUUUCUCGGCAACAUCCCGCCGCCGCUCCAGCCCCGUCCCACCGCGGGGGAGGGGGCGCAGCGGCGGAACCCGCUGGAAUGUGGGGGGGCGGCCCGGACUAGUCCCCGUCCUCGUCUCCUCCCCCCCGGCCGCCCCCUCUUUCCGUCCCCCGCCCCCACUCCCUGCCGCCGCCGCCACCACCGCUUCCCUCCCCCCUUCGCUCGCCUUCUCCCUCCCCCCUUCGCUCGCCUUCUCCCUCCCCCCUUCGCUCGCUCGCUCCCUCCCUCCCCCGCCGCCGCCUGGGCUGAAUCUUAUUGAUCCAGAAGGUGGCUAAUUAGCCCUUCCCGUCGUGCCUGGGUAAUGAGGCACAUGCGCACUGCACUAAUCAGCCAUUUUUUGCAGGAAACUAAUUAGCAGAAUAAAGAUCCAAAGAGUUUUUUUUCCUUCCCAAUCAGCAGAUCUGAGCGCGGGCGCUUCCUGCUCCGGCCGCCCCGCCAGCCCGGCUCUCCUCCGCUCGCUCGCUCGCCCGCCCGCCCGCCCGCCCGCCCGGGGCCCCCGCUCGCCCGCCCCGCUCCUUCCUUCCUCCGCUCGCUCGCCCCGGGGGGCGCCCUCCCGCUCCCUCCCUCCCGAGAACGAUGCUGCCGCUGCUGCUGCUGCUGGGCAGCGGCGGCGGCGGCGGCACCGUGGGCGACGCCACUGGAAGCGGUUCCCGCCAGGCUCCGGCCCCCGCCGCUCCUCCUCCUUCUCCGGGCGCCACCGCCUCGUCCCGCCACCGCCACCCCGGGCUCCUCCUCGGAGCGCGCCGCUCCUGCAGCCUUCAUGGGAUCCGUAGCGCCGCCGCUGCCGCCGCCUUCUCCCGGGAUUAACCGCCUCGCCGGAGCAGCCGCCGCCGCCGGAGGAGGAGACGAAGAAGAGGAGGACGAAGCAGGGAGGACGCCGCCGCCACCGCCAGCCGUGUAAGUGGCAACUUUACCGCCGCCCCGCCCGGGCUGUUUUGCAUGGGGCUGGCCCGGCCCGGCCCCCGUCGGGAUCGGGGCCCCCCAGGCAAACUUUGCCUCGCUCGCCUCGCAGGUGUCUCCGGCCGGGCGCAGCGGCAGGAGGCGGAGGAGCCGAAGGCGCUGCCGGGCUAGGCUGGGCUGGCCGCCCUUCCCGAGGCGAGGCGAGGCGCGGGGGAGAAUCCGGCGGGCUGGCCCUUCGCCUCGCCUCGCCAGGCAGGCAGGAGUGCCUCGACGCUCGGCUCGGCAGAGGGUAGAUUGAUCGGUCCAUCUGCAUAAUCGAUAGGGCAGCGAAGAGGGUGGCCAGGAAAUGGCUGCGAUGUCCGCCCGCCCGCCCGCCGCUCCCCACCGCCGGCCUCCUCGCCGCGCUGCCCGGGGAGGCAGCCCCUGCCCCGGAGGCGGCGCCCAAGCACGCUGGCGGCCGACAUGUCAGCGGAGCCCCCGAGCGCCCGCGGCCCAGCGCCCUCCUGCCUAGGUCUCAACCAUACUGGGUGCAAUGAAUGCUCCAUGCAGGCCUCGCCAUGGAAGGCUGUGACUUGCCGGUCAUCUCGGGGAAGGACAAUGGGUGUGCUCUCCCUCAGCACCAGCCAUGGACUGAACUUGGAAGCGCCCACCUCCCCAGCAAAGCUAAUAACAUGGAGCCGUCUGCAGCGGAGAACCACGGGGCCCUAGACCACCAGCGGGCUCCUUCCCGUGAGCACUCCCCAGAACGUGCCCUCGCCGCUACUGGUUCUAGCAGUGGGCCAGGCAGCCAGGAGGUCAGCUGUAACGAAUGCUCCGCCUCCUUCGCCAGCUUGCAGACCUACAUGGAGCACCACUGCCCCAGGGCCCAGCCUCUCCUCCCACUGCCGGAAGACUGCGGGAGCGACUCUGGUGAGGAGGGAGAUGAGGAAAGUGAUGUGGAGAACCUGGCGGGGGAGAUAGUCUACCAGCCAGAUGGCUCUGCAUACAUUGUUGAAAGCAUCAGUCAGCUGAUCCAAAGUGGGGGGGCCUGUGGGGGUGGCAACGGCACCAGCGGUGGGACGCUCCCGCCACUCUUUAUGAACUCUCUCCCCAGUCCUGGGGGCAAACAAGGCGAGGCCACUUCAGCUGCGCCCGUCUACCCACAGAUCAUCAACACUUUCCACAUAGCCUCGUCCUUUGGGAAGUGGUUUGAGGGCUCGGACCAGGCCUUCCCGAAUACCUCAGCCGUGGCAGGGGUCAGCCCUGUCCUGCACAGCUUCCGUGUUUUUGAUGUGCGCCACAAAAGCAACAAGGAUUACCUGAACAGCGACGGUUCUGCCAAAAGUUCCUGUGUAUCCAAAGAUGUUCCCAAUAAUGUGGACCUGUCCAAAUUUGAUGGCUUUGUGCUUUAUGGAAAGCGGAAGCCCAUCUUGAUGUGUUUCUUGUGCAAGCUGUCCUUUGGGUAUGUCCGCUCCUUUGUGACGCAUGCGGUGCACGACCAUCGGAUUACUCUGAGCGAGGAGGAGCGGAAAAUUCUUAGCAAUAAGAACAUCUCCGCUAUCAUCCAAGGAAUAGGCAAAGACAAGGAACCCCUUGUAAGCUUUCUGGAACCAAAAAACAAAAACUUUCCACACCCUUUAGUUUCCACAGCUAACCUCAUAGGCCCUGGACACAGUUUCUAUGGCAAGUUCAGUGGAAUUCGCAUGGAAGGGGAAGAGGAUGUCCAGGCUGGGGCUGCCAGUGGAGCGGAGCAGCCCCAGUCAGGCCUCUUGGCACCUGGGGCCCUCUUGAACCUUGGAGGGCUAACGAGCUCAGCUUUGAAGACCCCAAUUACCUCAGUUGCCCUGGGCCCUCUGGCUUCCAGUCCUACAAUAUCCUCCGAGGGAAAGGACCCUGAGGCAGUAGAGUAUGAAAAGCAAGAACUGGCUGACCAGGACAGCCUCUUAGAGAAAGUAGAACCAGCUGGGGGGGGGGAGGAAGAGGAGGAGGAGGAGGAAGAGGAGGAGGAGGAGGAGGAGGAAGACGAGGGGUGCAAAGGGCUGUUCACAAGUGAGCUGGAGGAUGAAUUGGAGGACAGACCUCCUGAGGAGUCUGGGGCAGCGGCAGGCGGAGGCGGCAGCAGCAAAAAGGACCUUGCUCUCUCAAACCAAAGCAUUUCUCCCUUAAUGCCUAACGUGCUCCAGACUCUGUCCAGGGGCACAGCUUCUUCUAGUUCUAAUUCUGCUUCUUCCUUUGUCUUUGAUGGUGCAAACAGGAGGAAUUGUUUAAGCUUUAACAGUGACGGCAGUGAGGGCAGCAGCAGGAGGCUUGACUUCAGUGACGAAAGUGCCAAUAAAGACAAUGCCCCAGUACCAGAACCAAAUGAGAGCGUGGAGAGCGAAGAGGGGGGCUGCAUCUCCCACCACCAGCACGUGGGCCCCCUCUGUGAGCUCGGGGGUGGGGAGUGCCCUUCGGGGAGCGGGGUGGAGUGCCCCAAGUGCGACACGAUCCUGGGCUCCUCACGGUCACUCGGGGGCCACAUGACCAUGAUGCAUUCGCGCAAUUCGUGCAAGACGCUCAAAUGUCCCAAGUGUAAUUGGCACUACAAGUACCAGCAGACGCUUGAGGCUCACAUGAAGGAAAAGCACCCAGAGCCAGGGGGUGCGUGUGCCUACUGCAAAAGCGGGCAGCCCCAUCCACGGCUGGCGCGGGGCGAGAGCUACACAUGUGGUUACAAGCCUUUCCGUUGUGAGGUUUGUAACUACUCCACUACUACCAAAGGCAACCUCAGUAUUCAUAUGCAGUCUGACAAGCAUCUCAACAACAUGCAGAACCUGCAGAAUGGAGGUGGGGAGCAAGUUUUCAGCCACACUGCUGGGGCGGCGGCGGCGGCAGCGGCAGCUGCUGCCGCUGCCGCUACUAUUGGUAGCAGCUGUGGGGCCCCCUCCCCCACCAAACCAAAAAGCAAACCUACCUGGCGGUGCGAGGUGUGUGACUAUGAGACCAAUGUUGCCAGGAACCUUCGCAUUCACAUGACCAGUGAGAAGCACAUGCACAACAUGAUGCUGCUUCAGCAGAACAUGAGCCAAAUGCAGCACAACCGCCACUUGGGUCUGGGCAGCCUGCCUGCUGAGGCUGAGCUGUACCAGUACUACCUGGCACAGAACAUGACCCUCCCCAACCUGAAGAUGGACAGCGCUGCCUCUGAGGCUCAGUUCGUGAUGGGCGGCUUCCAGAUGGACCCCACCAACACAAUGGCAUCCAUGGCUUCAUCUCUAGUGGGUGGAGAGAUCCCCCUGGACAUGCGGCUUGGGGGUGGGCAGCUGGUGUCUGAGGAGCUAAUGAACCUGGGGGAGACGUUCACGCAGACCAGUGACCCUUCGCUGAAGCUUUUCCAGUGUGCUGUGUGCAACAAGUUCACCACAGACAAUUUGGACCUGCUGGGUCUGCACAUGAAUGUGGAGCGCAGCCUGCCUGAGGAGGAAUGGAAGGCUGCGAUGGGGGACUCUUACCAGUGCAAGCUGUGCCGCUACAACACGCAGCUCAAGGCCAAUUUCCAGCUCCACUGCAAGACUGACAAGCAUGUGCAGAAGUACCAGCUGGUGGCACAUAUCAAGGAGGGGGGCAAGGCCAACGAGUGGAGGCUCAAGUGUGUGGCGAUUGGAAACCCCGUGCAUUUGAAAUGCAAUGCCUGUGACUAUUAUACCAACAGCUUGGAGAAGCUGCGUCUCCACACAGCAAACUCCAGGCAUGAGGCCAGCCUGAAACUCUACAAGUUAGCCAUGGAACCGACAAGAGGAGAAGCGACUCUUGAUUUAAUCCUAUGUGAUGCCCUGGAUCUGGUGCAAGAUCACCUUCAGCAUCACGAGAGUGGAGUUGAGGGGGAAAGCUGCUUCUACCACUGUGUCCUCUGCAACUACUCUACCAAGGCCAAACUGAAUCUCAUCCAGCACGUGCGCUCCAUGAAGCACCAGAGGAGCGAGAGCCUGCGUAAGCUGCAACGCCUGCAGAAAGGCCUUCCCGAGGAAGAGGAGGACCUGGGUCAGAUCUUCACCAUCCAGAAAUGUCCUGCCCCUGAUGCCGAGGAGUUGACUGAAGAUGCAGAAGGGGCCAAUGAGGCAGCUGCUGAUCCAGAAGAGCCUGCUAAAGAUCCGGAGGCUGCAGCUGACAAGGAUCAGGGCAAAUGGGCGACCGCGCAAGUUACCCAGGCAGAGAAGGAGCUGGCAGAGUCUGCAACAGCCUCCAAACGUAUCUCGUUUCCAAGAAGUUCAGAAUCGCCUGCCGCCAAAUGGCCCAAAACCUCAGAUGAGGCCAAGCUUGAGCAGGUGUAUCAGUGCCCAUACUGCAAGUACAGCAACACCGAUGUGAACCGGCUGAGGGUCCACGCCAUGACUCAGCACUCGGUCCAGCCGAUGCUGCGCUGCCCUCUCUGCCAGGACAUGCUCAGCAACAAGAUCCACCUGCAGCUGCACCUCACCCACCUGCACAGUGUCUCUCCUGACUGUGUGGAGAAGCUCAUUUUGACGGUGACCACCCCGGAGGUGAUGAUGCCCAGCAGCAUGUUUCUUCCAGCCGCAACAGCAGACGGAGAUGGGAGCAGCACUGCUGAAGAGCCGGCCAAGCAGCCACUGGAGACCUCGGAGGACUUGGGCAAAGGCCUGCUCACUUCUGAGAACACAGCGGAGCAUGGGGGAGAAGCAAAGCCCACUCCACCGGAGCAGGCUUCUGCCAGGGAGGAUGCUGGAUUUCUCUGCUGGAAGAAGGGCUGCAGCCAGGUAUUCAGAAGCUCCACUGCCCUGCAGGCACAUUUCAGUGAGGUCCACACUAAGCGGUCCCAGCUGCCUGUUUCCGACCGGCACGUCUACAAAUACCGCUGCAACCAAUGCAGUCUGGCCUUCAAAACCAUUGAGAAGCUCCAGCUACACUCCCAGUACCAUGUCAUCCGUGCAGCCACAAUGUGUUGCCUUUGCCAGCGCAGUUUCCGUACUUUUCAAGCCCUCAAGAAGCACCUGGAGACAAGUCACCUGGAACUGAGUGAGGCAGACAUCCAGCAGCUGUACGGUGGGCUCCUGGUCAAUGGAGACCUCCUGGCCAUGGGGGACCCUUCGCUGGCUGAUGAUCACACCGUCAUUGUAGAGGAAGACAAAGAGGAGGAGAGUGACCUGGAGGACAAGCAAAGUCCCACAGGAAGCGACUCUGGGUCUGUGCAGGAAGACUCUGGCUCAGAACCAAAGCGAGCGCUCCCCUUCCGAAAGGGCCCAAACUUCACCAUGGAGAAGUUCCUGGACCCAUCCCGCCCAUACAAGUGCACUGUUUGCAAAGAGUCCUUCACACAGAAAAACAUCCUUUUGGUCCACUACAAUUCAGUCUCUCACCUACACAAGCUGAAGCGAGCCCUCCAGGAGUCCACGACUGGCCAGCCGGAGCCCACCAGUAGCCCCGACAACAAGCCCUUCAAGUGCAGCACCUGCAGCGUGGCCUAUAGCCAGAGCUCCACCCUGGAGAUCCACAUGCGGUCCGUCCUGCACCAGACCAAGGCACGAGCAGCCAAACUGGAGGCUGUGGGCAGCGGUGGUGGCGGCGGCGGCAGCAGCAAUGGAGCUGGCAGUGGUGGCGGCAGCGUCGUCGUCUCACUGGGCUCCUCCACCCCGAGCCCUGUGAGCAGCACGGCUACCGCCACCUCUUUGGCCAUGACUAGUACAAGCACGGCCAGCCCAGCAGCCCCUGUCUGCAGCCUGCUUGGCCAGGCCUCCUGCGAGAGCCCGGGGAUCCCUCCUCUCAGCACCACCCCUGUGGCUGCCACAACCCCCUCCGAGCCCAAGGAGGUCCACCGUAAGAAACUGGCUGACAUGGUUGCUUCCCGGCAGCAGCAGCAGCAGCAGCAACAUCAAGCGCACAGCCUGGCCCAGGCGCAAGCGCAAGCUCAGCUCCAGCAAGAGCUGCAGCAACAAGCCGCCCUCCUGCAGUCGCAGCUCUUCAACCCUGCUCUCUUGCCCCACUUCCCAAUGACCACCGAGACCCUCCUCCAGCUCCAGCAGCAGCAGCAGCACCUUCUCUUCCCCUUCUACAUUCCCAGCCCCGAGUUCCAGCUGAGCUCCGAAGUGAGCUUGCCUGUGACCAGCAGCACCCUGGCGCUGUCUGGGACUGGGCCUAGCCUGCUGGAUGACUUGAAGGUGCAGCUCCCCCAGCCGAGCCACCCGCCUCUCCAGCAGCCGCCACCACCUCAGGGCCAGCUGCCCCAGCCCCACUGUGUCCUCCUCCAGCAGAGCCAGCACCCAGAGAAGAAGAGCAGAUCUCUGGGGAAGGAGAAGGAAGCCCAGAGGGAGCGGGAGGGCUUCGAGAAGGGGGACGGCCCCUCCGCCUCAAAGGAGCCCCCGCCUGACACCCUGAAGUCCAAAGACAAGCCCGAUCCCGCAGGCCUUGCAGAACCGUCUCUGCUUCCUCCCCGUAUCGCAUCCGACGCACGGGGGAAUGCCACAAAAGCCUUGCUAGAAAACUUUGGGUUUGAGCUGGUCAUUCAGUACAACGAGAACAAGCAAAAGGGGCAGAAGAAGGCUGGGAAGACAGAACAAGGAGACAGCUUGGAAAAGCUGGAAUGUGAGUCCUGUGGGAAAUUCUUCUCUAACGUCCUCAUCCUGAAGAGCCACCAAGAGCACGUACACCAGCAUUACUUCCCCUUCCAGCAACUGGAAAGCUUUGCCAAGCAGUACCGUGAGCACUAUGACAAGCUGUACCCACUGCGGCCUCAGACCCCGGAGCCCCCACCGCCCCCGCCUGCUGCCCCUCCACAGCAGCCUUCUACGCCCAACAUUCCUGCUUCAGCUCCGCCCAUUACCUCUCCAACCAUUACGCCAGCCCAGCCCUCUCUGCCUCUCCCUCAGCUGUCCAUGCCAAUGGAGCUGCCUAUCUUCUCUCCCCUGAUGAUGCAGACCAUGCCUUUGCAAACCUUGCCUGCCCAGCUGCCACCCCAGCUUGGCCCUGUCGACCCGUUGCCUGCAGACUUGGCUCAGCUGUACCAACACCAGCUCAACCCAGGCCUCCUGCAGCAGCAGCAGCAGCAGCAGCAGAACAAGAGGCCGCGCACACGGAUCACAGACGACCAGCUCCGGGUCUUGAGACAAUAUUUUGACAUCAACAAUUCCCCAAGCGAGGAGCAAAUCAAGGAGAUGGCUGACAAGUCUGGCCUGCCUCAGAAGGUGAUCAAGCACUGGUUUCGGAACACUCUCUUCAAAGAGCGUCAGCGCAACAAGGACUCUCCAUAUAACUUCAGCAACCCUCCGAUUACCAGCCUGGAGGACCUGAAGAUGGAUUCUCGGCCUCCCUCCCCGGAGCCUCAGAAGCACGAGUACUGGGGGAGCAAGAGGUCUUCCAGGACUCGCUUCACUGACUACCAGCUCCGGGUGCUGCAGGAUUUCUUUGAUGCCAAUGCUUACCCCAAGGACGAUGAGUUCGAACAGCUCUCCAAUUUGCUCAACCUCCCGACCCGUGUGAUCGUGGUGUGGUUCCAGAACGCUCGCCAGAAAGCCAGGAAAAACUAUGAGAAUCAGGGGGAAGGGAAAGAUGGGGAGCGUCGAGAGCUGACCAACGACAGGUACAUCCGGACAAGCAACCUGAAUUACCAGUGCAAGAAGUGCAGCCUUGUCUUCCAGCGCAUCUUUGACCUGAUCAAACAUCAGAAAAAGCUGUGCUACAAGGAUGAGGAUGAAGAAGGGCAGGAGGACAGCCAGAAUGAGGACUCUAUGGAUGCGACAGAGCUGCUGACCCCAACCAGCUCUGCCUGCAGCACCCCGAUGCCUUCCCAGGCCUGCAGCGCCCCCACAUCUUCUGCCAACACAGCCUCCUCUUCCUCAGCUUUCCUGGCACAGAUCACUGCUGAAGCAGACGACUCCUCCUCCACCUACAGCUCUAAAGCAGAAGCUGCGGAUGAGAAACCAAAGCUACCUGAGCCUCCAGCGACACAGCAAAACCAAACCCCAGAGAAGCCAAUGCAACCAAAGCAGCAGCAGGACCAAGGAGAGCCAAACGCUGGCUCAGUGCACCCAAAGGCCUCCCCACCCGCCCUGCAGCAGCCGGUCCAGCUUCCUCCACAGUGUGCCCUGCCACCGUCGAGCCUGAGCCCCUCGCAGCUCUCUCACCUGCCCCUUCACACUUCCACCCCUCAGCAGCUAGCCAGCUUGCCUCCUCAGCUCAUCCCAUACCAGUGCGACCAGUGCAAACUGGCAUUUCCCUCCUUUGAGCAUUGGCAAGAGCAUCAGCAGCUUCACUUCUUGAGUGCCCAGAACCAGUUCAUCCAUCCCCAGUUCCUGGACAGGACGCUUGAUAUGCCUUUUAUGCUCUUUGACCCCAGCAACCCCCUGCUGGCCAGCCAGCUGCUGUCUGGGACGCUUCCCCAGCUGCCCAUGAGCUCAGCCACGUCGCCCUCCACCCAAACAUCCACCAUGAGCACGCUGAAGAGGAAGCUGGAGGAGAAAUCCAGCACAAGUCCCGGCGAGAACGACAGCGGCACUGGUGGGGAGGAGCCCCAGAGGGACAAGCGUCUCCGAACAACCAUCACCCCAGAGCAGCUGGAGAUUCUCUACCAGAAAUACCUGCUGGAUUCCAACCCCACCCGGAAGAUGCUGGACCACAUUGCUCACGAGGUAGGCUUGAAAAAACGAGUGGUGCAGGUUUGGUUCCAGAACACUCGAGCCCGGGAGCGGAAAGGGCAGUUCAGGGCUGUGGGGCCUGCCCAAGCCCACCGACGGUGCCCUUUCUGCCGGGCACUCUUCAAAGCCAAAACAGCCCUCGAAGCACACAUCCGCUCCCGGCACUGGCAUGAAGCCAAGCGGGCAGGGUACAACCUGACCUUGUCAGCCAUGCUUUUAGAUUGUGAUGGAGGGCUCCAGGUGAAGGGAGACCUCUUCGACGGAACCAGCUUUGCCCACCUGCCCCUCACCAGCAGCAGCGAUAGCCAGGGCAUUCCCCUCUCCCCAGUGAGCAAAUCUCUGGAGCUAUCUCCUCGAACUCUGCUGAGCCCUUCUUCCAUCAAAGUGGAAGGGAUAGAGGACUUUGAGAGCCCCUCUGUGUCAUCUGUCAAUCUGAGCUUUGACCAAACCAAGCUGGACAAUGACGACUGCUCCUCUGUCAACACGGCCAUCACAGACACCACCACGGGGGACGAGGGCAAUGCAGACAACGACAGUGCCACGGGAAUCGCUACGGAAGCCAAAUGCAUCUCAGGGCCAAGUGAGGGCCUGACCAAGGCUGCCAUGAUAGCAAUGUCUGAGUAUGAAGACCGGCUGUCUUCGGGCCUUGUCAGCCCAGCUCCCAGCUUCUACAGCAAAGAGUACGACAACGAAGGGACUGUGGACUACAGCGAGACCUCCAGCCUGGCAGACCCUUGCUCGCCUGGCCCCGGCACGAGCGGCUCAGUGGGCAAGUCUGGAGAGGGCGGGGACCGGCCAGGACAGAAGCGCUUCCGCACGCAGAUGACAAACCUCCAGCUGAAGGUCCUGAAGUCUUGCUUCCAUGACUACCGGACCCCGACCAUGCUGGAGUGUGAGGUGCUGGGCAAUGACAUUGGGCUGCCCAAGAGGGUGGUCCAGGUCUGGUUCCAGAACGCCCGGGCCAAGGAGAAGAAAUCCAAGCUCAGCAUGGCCAAGCACUUUGGCAUCAACCAGGCGAGCUACGAGGGACCCAAGACAGAGUGCGCUCUGUGUGGCGUCAAGUACAGCGCCCGCCUGUCUGUGCGUGACCACAUUUUCUCCCAGCAGCACAUUUCCAAAGUGAAGGACACCAUCGGAAGCCAGCUGGACAAGGAGAAGGAGUACUUUGACCCGGCGACUGUCCGUCAGCUGAUGGCACAGCAGGAGCUGGACCGGCUCAAGAAGGCCAACGAAGUCCUGGGCCUGGCUGCUCAGCAGCAAGGCCUGUUUGACGGCCCCCCGCUGCAGGCCUUGAACCUCCCGGCCACCUACCCAGCAACACUGCAGGGCAUCCCUCCGGUCCUCCUGCCGGGCCUCAACAGCCCGUCCCUGCCUGGCUUCACUCCCUCAAACACAGCUUUAACGUCUCCCAAGCCCAGCCUGAUGGGCCUCCCUGGCACAAGCAUCCCCUCGCCUGGCCUUCCCACGUCUGGAUUACCAAAUAAACCGCCUUCGGCUUCCCGGAGCUCCCCCACUGCAGCACAAGCCACGGCAGCCACGAUCCCCCAGCCACCGCAUCCACCGCCUCGGAAGGACAAGGAGAGUGAGAAGGCGAAAGAGAAGGACAGAGCACCCAAGGGGAAAGGGGACUCCCAGCUGGCCCCCAAGAAGGACAAAGCAGAGGCGCCGGCCCCCACCCCUACCCUCUCUGCCACGCUGCCUGCCAUGGAGUACUCUGUGGAGCCCAGCCAGCUCCAGGCUCUGCAGGCAGCUCUGAACUCGGACCCCACGACUUUGCUAACGAGCCAGUUCCUCCCCUACUUUGUCCCAGGUUUUUCUCCCUACUAUGCCCCCCAAAUCCCAGGGGCCUUGCAGAGUGGGUACCUUCAGCCCAUGUAUGGCAUGGAAGGGCUGUUCCCCUACAGCCCGGCCCUGUCGCAGGCCCUGCUUGGCUUGUCCCCUGGGUCCCUGUUGCAGCACUACCAGCAAUAUCAACAGAGUCUGCAAGAAGCGUUGCAGCAGCAGCAGCAGCAGCAGCAGCAGCAGCAGCAGAAAUUAUUGCAGCAGCAGCAGCCCAAAGGAAACCAAACCCCUGUCCCCUCGGGGCCUGCUACCCCAGAAAAAGACCCUGCCAAAGAAUCCCCCAAACAAGAAGAGCAGAAGAGUGCACCCCACGAGGUGUCCCCCCACCUGCCCGACCCCCAAGAAGAGCCUGAAACAGAAAGCAACCGUGCUGUGGACUCCCUCUGCGACCCCUUCAUAGUCCCACAGGUGCAGCACAGGCUAGUCUGCCGGAAGUGCCAGGCAGACUUCAGCACCCAGGAGGCAGCCAGUGACCACCUGGCGUCCUUCUGCUUCUUCGGCCAGUCUGUGGUGAAUCUGCAAGAGAUGGUGCUUCAUGUGCCCGCGGGCGGCGGCGGCAACAGCAGCAGCAGUUCGUACCAGUGCGUGGCGUGCGAGAGCACGGUGUGCGGGGAUGAAGCCCUCCAGCAGCAUCCGGAGUCAGCCUCGCACAAACAUCAAACAAUCCCAAGAGCAGCAAGAAACGCCAAAGAGCACCCCAGUCUAUUACCUCACUCCGCCCGCCUCCCCGACCCUAGCGCCGCAUCUACCUCGCAGUCUGCCACUCACUCAAAUGACAGCCCCUCCCCCCUGUCCUCCGCUUCCCCCCACACCUCCAGAAAGUCUUGGCCUCAAGCCCAGGCACCCCUGGGGAAGCCUCCUCCUCCUCCUCUCUCCUCAUCUUCAACGGUUACCUCAAGUUCAUGCAGCACCUCAGGGGUUCAGCCCUCGAUGCCAACAGAUGACUAUUUGGAGGAGUCUGACUCGGAUCUUAGCCAAAAGUCCAAUGGACCGGCUAGCCCGUCAGAGAGGCCUGCGGAGCCAAGCUGCCCCGAGGACGGUGGUCUCACUAGCCUAGAAAUGGACACCUUUAGAUUGUAAGCUUUGAAGAUGAACAAUUAAAAAAAAAUGAAUUUAAAAAAAGUUAACAAACCAAUUUCAAAAAUAGACUAACUGCAAUUCCAAAGCUUCUAACCAAAAAAGAAAACGAAAAACGAAGAGAGAGGUGUGGGUUGUUUUCCCAUAUACCAAUGCCGGCGGUUUCCCAUGGCUCCCUUGUGCAGUUUGGCUGUGGAGAGGCCCGCUGUGCUGUGUCGGUCUGGAGGGCACGACUCCCCAUUGCCUCUGCAGGGCCUGUCGCUGGAGCUGCAGCCCUCGAAAGUACAACAGAGGCCGGCAUAACUGUAUGGGAAAGCAGGCCACCUUGUUGCCGUUCUAAAUUUCUUGCUCUCUUAGCAUUCAGAUACCAAUGGCUUGCUAAAAGGAAAAAGAAAGAAAUGUAAUGUCUUUUUAUUCUCAGGUCAAUCGCUCACACUUUGUUCAGUUUUCAGAAUCAUUGUUUUAUAUAAAUAUAUAUAUAAUUUCUUUUUUGGUUUUGGUUUUUUUCCAAGAAAAGGAUUUUUUUUUUUGUUAAUUUAAAAAUGGGCAGAAAGUAUUCAAGAGACAAACAGUGUGAACUGAGUUAGCUUUCUGGGGAUUUUAAGGGUAGCUUUUCUGCUGAAGCCAAUUUCAAGGGGAAAAGUUCAGCACUCCCACUUUUCAGAAAAAACAAACCCAACAAACACGCAAAGAGUGUUAAGGACUUGGAGCUUAAAAAUAAGUUUUAAAACAACUGACUUUCUGUAUUUAUGAUAGAUAUGACCAUUUUUGGUGUUGAGUAGAUUGUUGCAUUGGAAAUGAACUGAAGCAGUAUGGUAGAUUUAAAAGGAAAACCCCUUUUGUGUACAUUUAGCUUUUGUAUGGUCCAGCUGACGGCUUCUCAUUUGAUGUUGUCUUGUUCAUUCCUAGCCAACUAGAUUACCACCCAUCGAUUUGCCGAAGCUCUUCUCCCAUUGUACCUGGACUCCUUUCUCCCUCCUGUAAUCUUCCACUUACAGUCGCUGCCUUCAUUUCUUAGAGGGCAGUUGCAGAAUUAUUUUAUAAAAACUAAAGAAAAAAAUCCCAAGGGUUUCAAAGGGGGUCAGUAGGAUCCCCUGCAGAAUAUUUUUGUUGGGGGCUCAGAACUUUUUCAGGCGUAUACAUGUCUGUUACCCUUGUGCACUUAACUCCGUCUUCUCUCCUUUUUCUCUUCCGUUUGGGUUCCUUUCCUCAUUUUGUAAAUGCUUCAAGGGCUCCACUUUGGAGCUGCCAGCCUUUCUUUCUCUUUGGGUAAUUAGGGCGCUCUUGUUCUUCCUCCAUGGGCCUUUUUUGUUAUAUAUGUGUGUGGGGGGGUGCUGGGGGGGGAUUUGUUUUUUCUGUUUUGCUUUUUUUCCUCAAAAAAAUUCAUGCUUUAAAUAAAAUCCAAAGACAAACCCUUUUCACCACUGGUGCAGAACGAGCAGAAAGGAUUCUUUUGACUUGAGGAUUUGUUUCUGAUUACAGCCACAAGACUCAGUUUUAAAUAAAUGAACUCACAAAGAAAAGCAUGCAUGUAGGUUGGUCUCUGUGCUUCUUCCACAAGGAGAGGAGCAACUCUUCCUGCAGCUUCAACAAGCCACGCGCUGCGUUGUUAGGGGCUGUCGCAGCUAGACAGUCUCAGUGACGUGUGAGGCCCUGAGGGGCAGGCAGCAGAAAACGUGGGGCCUGGUGCAAAUCGCUCUGCUCCCAUUGGUGGCAUCUUCUCUGGUCUGGACGUUGAAAGGAAAAUGUUGUGCUGCUACAAUGUGGAGUUUGAAGGCGAGCAGGCCUUGCGUGGUCACUUCCUAGCCAAAGGUCAGCAAUCCCUCCUCCCACCCCCCUCAAGAGUGAAAUCCUUCCCCAUCACCACCACCCUUCUUGUCUUCAACAGGGAACUGCAGACUGUGAAUGGGAGGAGGGGGGCACACCUUUCACCUUCUGACUUCUCUCCCCUGCCUUCCUUCCUCCCCAACUCUGCCAGGGACUCUGCACGAGGCUGGGGUGUUCCUCCAUCUGAGAGAGGAAGGGUGGGCAGGUGGGCAUCAGCACCCUCCCCCUCCCCUCCCUCCCUUGACCUUAGUCAGGAUGUCUCUUUUCAUGCCUUUUUGUCUUCAGUUUGUUGGAAGACUCAACCUUGAACCGGUGUACAUAUUUCUAACUGGACUGAUGGACAGUGCAAGUUCCUUUUUUGAAAAUUUUUUAGGUAGACUGCACUAAAAAUAAUACCAUUGAAUAUUCCUGCCAGUGUCCAUUUGUAGCAUAAGGUGUCAAAAGCAGUGGGCAAAACAUUGCCACUUCCCUUUUUACAAAGAUCCUUGUAUUUUUCCCUUGCUUGAGAUGAACAUUUUUUAAAUUUUAAAGUUGUACAGUUUUUGUUUCCAUUAUUUUAUCUUGUUUGUAAUUCUAUGAAAAAUAUAUAGAUAUAUAUAUUUUUUGCCAUUUAACUGUUGUACGUUACUCUGUAUCAUAUAUAAGUUUUUUGUUUUGUUUUGGUUCUCUGUGUGGUAUAAGUUGCCAGUUUAACACUAGCUUUACCUGGCAGGUCUGUGGUCUGCUUUGAAAUCACUUUCUUUGUUUCCCCAUCUCCCUCCCCUCCCUCCAUUGCUUAAUCACAUGGGAUGCAAUCUCCCUCCUCCACUCUCCCCGCUCCAAAUAGUGUUUCAGUGCAUUUCUGGAUGACUCUUCCUCUGUGGUUGGAGACUCUCCCCGUCAGAUGAGAGAUGCCCCUGUCCUCCCAGGAGGGCAGAGCAGCAGCAGGCAGCCUGCCAGCCACCCCUUUCGCCUCUCUCCUCUCCUGGGCCCCACAGCCAACCCAGGGAGCCCACAAGAGUCAGGAGCGCCAAGCAGCCUUCGGGCCGCCCCCUCUCUCCUCCCACCCUGGCAAGUGGGGGCCUUGUGGGACAACAGGAAGGGCACUCCAUAGAAGCUGUGGGGGGCGGCUGCGCUGGGGUGGGGUGGGGUGGGAACGAGGCCUCUGUCUCAGCACUUGGUGCCGGGCUUCAAAAUCCUCUCAUCUCUUUCCCACUGAACUGACCUCUUACCUGAGCCACCGUUUGUAGUAUGGAGAUGUAGUUUUGGUUUUAAUGGCUCCCGCUGAGGCUAGAGUUCAAGCCAAGCGAUAGAUCAGAAAAGAUGCAAGUGGUGUUAAUGAGCAGAGUGGUGCCUGUGUAGUGGAGAGUGUUUGGGACAAGAGGGCAUGUUGCAGGCUCCGAUUCCAGCGCAUAUAGCCAGGCAGGGGCUGCGGAGGUGCCGCAAGGCCCCCUGUGGAAGCCGGCAGCCAUGUGGCAGUCGAGGGCUCUUAAAUAGAAGCAGAACUUGAGGUGGAUGGUUGGUUUGAUGGCGCUGGAAAUGUUGCCCACUGUGAAACACAAACGUUUUUGACUAUUUUUAAUUUGUUUGAUUGGGGGGGAGGGGGGAACAAGCCUGGAUGAAACAGGAAGCGUAGAUGAGAUGAAGAGGGAUAUGAACAGCCUUUGCAAUGUACAAAAACUAGAGCAAGUGAAACCAAAAAUGAUGUUCUUGGUGUUUUUUCUAUAAUGUAGUCUUGUUAGCUUUUUUGUUACUGUAAUGAUGCUGAUCUCGAACUGUACCAGAAUACCUGGAGACGGACAAAAACAAAACCACACGGAACUCUUAAAAACAUUUUUGUCACAAAACACUUUGUUGUCAUAGUUAAGUUGAUUGUAGAUGGUAAUUGAAUAUACUCCUUUGAAAAUAUUUCAUCAAGUAUGUUUCCUGC